AUGUGUGACCCUGUUGUUGCUCGUGCGGCAUACUAUAAUCCAUCGCUGCAAGAGCCGAUCACGCUUAUCUAUCAGCAAUUAGUUGGAAGACUUCUCUACUUGACAAUCGCCAGACCUGAUAUUGCUUUUGCUGUGCAGACACUGAGUCAGUUCAUGCAUGCUCCUAAAAGAUCUCAUAUGGAGGCUGCUAUUAGAGUGGUUAAGUAUAUCAAACACUCACCUGGAUAUUGUGAUGCUGAUUUGGGUACUUGUGCCAAUACUAGAAAGUCCAUCACUGGCUAUCUUGUGACUUAUGGAAAUUCAUUGAUCUCUUGGAAAUCCAAGAAGCAAAAUCAGUAUCUCGUAGCCAUCAAACUUUCUCGCCGUAGUGAUAUCGUCAGCUCGGCUUCUUUACUAAUAGGUCCGGUUGAAAUGGUGUGGCUAGUUGGGUUGUUCAAGGAGUUAGAAGUGUCAUUGCAGUUGCCUAUUCUCAUAUUUUUGUGA